AUGCUGGUCCGCCACGGUCCUGCAGGACGAGCAACAACGGCAGCAGCGGCGGCAGGGAUCCCAGCGCUGGAGUCGCCACGACGAGUUCAGCGGCAGCUUCGUCACGCACGACACGCCUGCUGGCGCUGGCAGGUGGCACGGGGUGCUGCUGGGGCUGCGGGCAGCGGAGCUGUGCGUGCGCUUCGCGCCGCUGGUGGUGCUCUACCCGGUGUGCGUCUACGUGCUCCCCACGUGGGCCGAGGACCUCUGGUACCGACUGCUGACAUGGAGUCUUCGCCACUCUGGUCCCUGCUUCAUCAAGUGGCUGUCGACGCGUCGCGAUCUGCUGCCGGAGCACCUGUGCCACAGGCUGGCUGGGCUGCGCAGUCAAGCACCAGCUCACGCCAUGCGCCACACGCGGCGCGUGUUCAGAAAGGCGUUCGGGCGGGACAUCGGACAGAUCUUCUCCCAAUUCCCCACCACGCCGAUUGCCUCGGGAGCCGUGGCCCAGGUCUACCGGGCCACACUGAAAGCGCCGAUCGAUGGCGUGUCCGAAGUAGCCGUAAAGGCCUCGUGUGCGUCAUCGAGUGGGUCUGGGACGCGCCUUGGCUUCAAUUGGGCGCCAACGUACAGAACUUUGCAUCCAGGAUGAGCGCCCAAUGCAAUUUGGCCGUGGAGGCGGGCAACCUGGUCCACUUUAAGCAGAACUUCAGGGACGCCCGGUCCAUUCGGUUUCCCACGCCCGUGGAGGGUUUCUAUCAUCCUCUCGUGCUGGUCGAGUCCUUCGAGCCUGGCAUCCACGUCGAACGGUUCACCCGAGAGGACAUCGCCCCUGACGUCCGCAAAACCAUAGCUUCAGUGGGGAUGGACGCCUUCUUGAAGAUGAUGUUGGUCGACAAUUUUGUCCAUGCCGACCUGCACCCGGGGAACAUCCUCGUGGACGACGGCCGGGACGCGGGUUCGUCACCGCAGGUCGUGCUCCUCGACGUGGGCCUCAUCACUCAGCUCUCCGAGAAGGACAGGGACAACUUCCUCAAGCUCUUCUCGGCUGUGGUCGCAGGCGAUGCUGCCUUGGUAGGCCACCUCAUCACCGAUGGGCAAGAUCACCUCACGCCUCAGGUGGUCCAACAGUUUACUGAGGAGGUGGGCCGGCUGAUGGCCAAGGUCAAACUCACCCGGCUCGACGAGGUUCCGCUCUCGGAGAUCUUUUUCGAGAUGCUGAGCAUCGCACGAAGGAACAAGGUCAUCCUGGAGGCCAACUUUACAACAUUGAUCAUCGGCACCGUGGUGAUUGAAGGCCUCGGUCGACAGCUCGACCCCGAUCUCAAUCUCCUGCAGCGGGCGGUGCCCCUACUGGUGAAGGACCGGGCCAUUCGGGAUGCCUACAUCAAGGCCCGCCUCUCGGCCCGGCUGCCCUCGCUCUUCCGUCCGACGUCCGUGUGA